UCAGGCGCAAACAGGACUUAACUAGUUCAAGUGCUAACAAACCCCAAAACCUCACUCUUUUACUCCAGUCCUUGCGUAAAAUUUUCCCGAGAAAAUGAACUCUACUAGCAACUCGAAAAACCCUAAAGUUUUCUCUCUGUCCAAACAACCCCCUUCUCUCCUAAACCUCCAGCAAGCCUUCUCUAAUCUCCAAACCCACUGCUUUUCUCUCUUCCAACAAACUCACCAUCAGUUGAAGGACGCUUUUAACUCCACUUUUUCUCACUUUAAUCCGCCUUCUUUUUCUCCAAAAGGCCCAGUUUUUGCUCGAGUUGCUGAUUCUAGCAAGACCCAGAUUGAUUUCAGUAAAAAAUCAGGGGCCGCCUUGUCGGCUGAGGCAAUAGAAGAGAGAUUGGCUGGGGUUCCAGUUUAUGCUUUGAGUAAUUCGGAGGAGGAAUUCAUGUUGGUGUCGGGUGUUUCGACUAAAAAAUCGCUUGGAUUGUUGUGUUUCAAGAAGGAGGACGCUGAGGCUCUUUUGGAACAGAUGAAGAGUAUGUAUCCUCGCAUGAGAAAAGGAGGUUCUAAAGUAGUUGCUGUUGCUCUCUGCAAGGUUUUCCAGCUUAAGGUUGAUAGUGUGACGUUUAGACUGAUACCAGAUUCAACUCAGAUCAAGAAUGCACUUAGAGAAAGGGAAAGGGCUGGUUUCUCUGAUGAUGGCUUCGCCGGUGUUCCAGUUUUCCAGUCAAAGAGCUUGGUAUUAAGAAGUCAAAAUAAGAGCUAUCGACCAUUUUUCUUUAGAAAGGAGGAUUUAGAGAAAUCACUUCUGAGAGCUUCCCACCAACAGAAUCAACUGAAUCCUGCUUUUAGACCAGGAGAUAUUCAGGUUGCUGUUUUUGAGGAAAUAAUCAAGGGGAUGAAAGAUAGUUCUACGUCAACAUGGGAUGAUGUUGUUUUCAUUCCUCCUGGUUUCGAUGUUUCAACUGAUCCCACCCAACAACAAUAGCCAACUGCAUGAGUAGAUGGUAUGGCCGGAUUACCGAUUAUGCUGGUCUUCUUCGCAAGCUUGGGGUGCUUGAUGCUCUUCCCUUGAUUAGUUCUGAUCUGGUCAUGUUUGCCAGAGAAGGAAGAUAUAAUAUUUGUGUAUCUUCCAUACCAUUUGGUUUGUGGAUUGUAGUUUGGAUCUGAUACUUGAAAGAAAAAGGGAAAGAAGAAAAAUUAGGCCCAUUAAUCAUAGUUUUGAGUAGAGAGAAAUGAUUAAAGGUGUUGCAAUUUGACUUUCAGAGACCUGGUAAUCCCAACUCCUAAGGUGAGGACACGAUCAAUUGAGCUAAUGCUUAAGGUCCAUUACUGGUGUUUUUAAGCUCUAAAAGGAGAUUUAAAUGCUUUUAUUUCUUU